AUGUCCAACUUCACAGAGAAGAACCGACAGGUCUUUGACAAAAUGGCCGGCACCUACAAGACCGAUUUUGGCCGUGCCCUGCAGAUGAUCUACCAACAGGUCCAGAGCCGUCGUCAUUGGGCCAGUGACGUCUGGACCGAUACCGACGCAGGCAAAGGAAAAGAGAUUAGGAUGCUAGAAUAUGCCUGCGGUCCUGGAAACGUCUCCCUGGCAUUGGCACCGUUUGUCUCCAAGGUAAUGGGUCUGGAUGUCUCCGACGCCAUGGUGAACGAAUAUAACAACAAUGCCCGUGAAGCAGGGCUGUCGGACAAGAUGGUUGGCCGCAAGGGCGAUCUUCUAGCCGACACAGUACCCUCCGAGAUCUCAGGGCAAGAGUACACUGACUUGGACGUCGUCUUUGUCAGCAUGGCUCUUCACCACUUUGAGAAACCCGAUCUGGCAAUGAAACGGUUCGAAGAACGGUUGAAAGCGGGUGGUGUGUGCUUGAUCAUUGAUCUGGUCCCAGACUCUCAUAGUCAUGAGCACCUGCAUGAGUUCGCAGAGACUAGAGAGACGAUCAAGACACAUGGAUUUUCGAAGGACGCUAUGCAAAAGCUGUAUGAAGACGCCGGGCUAGGAAAGGGGUUUGACUACCAGGUCAUUGAGGAGCCGAUGGUGUUCCAGAAGAAUGGACAGUCGAUGUCGAAGACGAUCUUCAUUGCGCGGGGUGAGCGGUGA